GGCCUUUUCCUUGACGCUUUCAUCCUUGACAAAAUCCCCAAUACAUCUCCGAACCUUCCUAUCGCCUAUUUGGCUCAAAGUGACAUAGACAAUUCAGAAUUAUCAAAAGCCAUGCCAGAAUUAGAACAUUUCAGCUGCGGACCUCGAUGUCAAAAUUAUCGUCGAGCACUAUGGAUCGGACCAGAUGGGACGUUCACACCCUUUCAUAAAGACCCUUAUAUCGGUUUAUAUACUCAUUUAAUAGGAAGGAAAAGGUUCUUCUUGCUUCCUCCAGAUGCACGACAAUUUCUCGACAUCUCGCCCGAUCCACCUUACACCAAUACCUCUCAGAUCCCCCUUCCUGUUACCAGGUUACUCUCAGACACCCCUUCAGAAGAUGUACCUCCGAAUAUCUUACAUCGUUACAGGCGGCUGUUGUUAGAAGCGAUCAAAAUGAACGGCGCGUGUCGGGUGGUUUUGAACGCAGGAGAAAGUGUCUUGAUACCUGAAGGAUGGUGGCAUAGCGCAGAGGGAAUCGAUGGACCGGGAAUAGGAGUGAACGCUUGGUUCCGGUAA